AUGGGAAUGCCUUGUUCAAAAUAAUAACCCAAACCUACAAAUUUAACUGUUCACCAAUCUAAUGACUUUUAAAUUCUAUUAGCUCAACCUUCUCAUGUGUAACAAGAACCAGAAGAGGAGAUUUAAGAACCUAAAUAAACUAAAAUUGAUGUUGCCUAAAAUUCAAUAGAUUUAAAUAAGAAACGAUAUUCAAGUAAAGAUGUUUCAGUCAUUUCUAAAUACAUUGAGAAUGAAUUAAGUAUAUUAAUUGAAUAAUGUAAGAAAAUUAAUCAAUGAAAAUUGAAAGAUUAACAAUUGAUAUGAGAGAUGCUUCUGCAAGUUGCAAAGGAGGAGGCAUUGUCUAACGUAAAGAAAUAUCUAUAGAAUAAUUCAAUGAUGAAGAAAGUAACAUAUGUAAUACAGUGUAUACAAAUCCAAAAUAUAAACGUCUUAAGAGCAUGAAUGAACAUUCUAUGAUCUUAUUACAUUUGAAUGAAAAUAAAUAGUAUUCAGAAUUACUUUAUAGAGUGAUAAAUGAUUAUCAUUUUAGAAUUGAACAUGAAUCUGAAUUUAAUAAUAUUUUGAUGAGAUCUUAAGAUAGUUUUCUCUAGAAUCUUUUAAUUUCAGAUAAGUAUAUAAAUGAAUAUGGAAUCUUUCACAUAUUCAGAGAAACAAUUAAAUUCAGUAAACUUGAUUUGAUAUUACAGAAUGAUUUCACUUUGAAUUCGACAUAACUUCAUUACAAUAAAUGUAGCAUUAUCUUAUUUUAUUAUAUAGUGUUUGUUGAAAUCAGCUAUUUUCCUUUAAUCCUAGCUACUUCACAUAUAUACAUGUUCUGUCUAUAUUUUACUUAAUUCAAUGUUCAAUUUAAAAAUUUGACGAAUUCAAACUUUGAAUUAAUGAAUUUUUUAAAUUAAAUUAAGCUAUUACUCAAAAUUUAAGUAAAUUUCAAUUCAUAUAAUAGAUUUCAAUUUUGUCUAUUUGUGAAUAGAACAAUUAAAUCAUAUUAACUAUUUUGAUUGAUCAUAAUUCUAUGAGAAAAACUCAAAUCAUAUCUCAUAUCAAUAAUUCUCUUAAUCAACAAUUCGGAUUUAUCAAAUGUUCAACAUAACCUUUGGUGAAGUAUAUAGGUUGUGAAUUGACUGAUAUAGAUGCUUGGAAUAAUAGAGAAUUUAAGGAGGAUACCAAGACAGAUAGUCAAUUUUCUACUUAAUUUGGUUGGAAGUAUAAAUAUACAUAAAUCUUAGAUUAUUCGGUUUAAAUAUAAAAUAAAUAAACAUCAAAAAUAUUGGAUAUAUUUAUUAUAAUUUGAAUUAGAAUUAUAAUGAAGAUGUAAGAAUCUAUUCUUUGAAUGAAGUCAAUAGAUAUUUAGCUGAAUUUGAAAUGAUAGAGAUUAAAGUAUACUGUGAAAAAAAGUAUUACAAAAUGCUAUUCUAAAUCACUUAUAAUGAUGAAGAUAUUAUUAUUAAAUAGAAUUAAGUAAAUUUAAAAUAAUAUAUCAUAGGCAUAUCUAACUACAUUAUUAAAUUCGAGACUCACUGGAAUAAUGAUUUAUGAUGCUGAGAAGCAGAUGAAAUAUUGA